AUGAUGGCGUCCUCGUCAGUGAUUCCAGCUUGGUUGAUUAAAGCAAAGUCAACCGUCACAAAAACAGGGAAAAAAGAAAUGAAAGACACAAGUAAUUCAUUAAGUGCUUCCGCUUGCAACGGAGAAAGUGAAAGAGCAAAGGAACAAGAAAUGAAAGACACAAGCACUCCUUCGAUUGCUUCCGAUUGCUACGAAAAAAGCGAAGGAGCCAAGGAACAAGAAAUGAAAGACACUAAUGCUCCUCUAGAUGCAUUCGAUGGCGAGAAAAAAAGCGAAGGAGCAUUAGCUCCUGAUUUAUCAGUAGAACAGAGACGGAAAAACAGACGCGUGGCACGAAGGCGUCAACAGAAACGAAGGAAACAAAGACUUAAGGAAGAAAAGAACGAAAAUAAGGUGCGUAGGUUUGAAAAACUUGUCACGGAGCGGGCUUUAAAAAUGGAAGCCGAUCUUCUGGAAACUAUGGAAGCAGAGAGGAAAAACGCAGCGAAAUAUCUGUCACUUGCGCGGAAAUACUACGGCAUGUGGAAGGCAACGAACGAAGAACUUCAACUGUUCCGUCAACAUGAGAAAGCAUCGAUCGCUGAAGGGGAUUACUCUACAUCCAAAAAGAGGAUACUGUGGCCUAAAGGUGGGAUUCAAGCCAAAUUUGAGAAGUUUGGACCAUAUUUUUAUGUGUGUCUGGUGAAUAAGUGGGAAGUGGGCUGGAUUCCACUUUCAAGGUUUAGGUUCAAGGCCAGACAGGUCAUCUGGAAAAAAUUUAAUUUUGUUUGGUUUCAGACAUCACUGACAUUGGAUGAAAGAUUUUCUGAAUACUCAAACUCUGGUACAUUUAAACUCACUGGGGAAACCUUGAAUAUUAGCAGUGGAGUGUUACCUACACAGCAAUAAUUUAUUACUUGUGUUUUUUUGGUUGAGUUAAAUUUAUUUUCAGUUUUGUUCUUCAUUUCAUUCAUUUUUCUUAAGAAGACUUCAUUGUUAAAGAUAUGAACAGCUUGUUUCAAAAGAUGCAGGUUCCUUUUAUUUAUUAUUUGUGUCUUCUGGAUAAGGGAAAUUGACCUUUAGUUUUGUUCUUCAAUAUAUUAAUUUUUCUAAAAUUAUAAACAGUAAGUUUCAAAAGGAUGCAGCUUCCAUUACAUUCAGAAUUUUAAAGGACAGACAUUUUAUAAAGAUUUUAUUAUUUAAAUGUACAGAUCAAGAGAGUGAACACAUUUUGGGAAACACAGGCUGCAGAAGAGCCACAUCUCAUAAAAAUUUCUUGAGGAUGAUUUGGGAGGCAAGCAAUGUGGUUAAUAACAGGCACUUAAUCUAUCCUGAAAUAUUAAAGACUGAAUUAUUAAAGA